AUGCAUAUUCUAAAAACUGGUCAUUUGAAAGGAUUUGACUUUGUUCAUUUUAUGGAAUAUGAAGCCCAGGUGAAAGUCACAUCACAGCAACAUGUAAUAGAUGGACAACAGUGUGACUGUAAACUUCCAAAUUCUAAUCAAAGCCCAGAGGAACAUUUGGGAAGCAGAAAGGUGUUUACUGGGUGCUGUACAGAGGACAUGACUGCUGAUGAGCUGCGGCAGUUCUUUUGCCAGUACAGGGAAGUGGUAGAUGUCUUCAAUCCCAUGCUGUUCAGGGCUUUUGCCUUUGUUCCGUUUGCGGAUGAUCAGGUUGCCCAAUCUCUCUGUGAAGAGGACAUGACCAUUAAAGGAAUCAGCAUACAUAUAUCCAAGGCUGAACUGCUGUCUGGUAGCAACAGACAGCAGUGGAAGAUGUGGUGGCGAUCCAGGUGGCUUUGGGAGUCAGGGUGGAUUCGGUAG